AUGUUCAAUAUACUUAAAACUAAAUCUAUACAUAAACAAGAUAAUACGUAGGAAAGUUAUGAUGCAUUCAAAAGACCUCCAGAUUUUUAGUUCGCUGAAAAACAUGGAGUAUAAUAGACUUUGAAUAUAGCUAGCCUCUAGAUUUGCAGUAGCCGAUAAUGAAAAAGUAUAGUUUUGUGUUUGUUGUGGAAUGCCAAUCUAAAAUGAUCAGUUACCAUUGUGUUGUGAUAAAUAGGAUAUUAAUUUUAAUGGGGCUGGGAUCCCAUUGUAUUUUGAGUUCAUUUAAUUUGCUGCAGUUUUGCUAGUAACCUUGGGGUAUUUUUGUAUCUAACCAAAUAGAUUGAUAUCAGGCAUAUACAAUACUGUGACUAAUGUCCAAGGUAGCUCUUGUGAAGAGUAAUCAGAUACUUGUUCUUUGAAUUAUUACAAUAAAUACGCUUUGUCCAACAAGGCAGAGUAAAUUAUUUAAAGUCUAUAAUAGAUAAUAUGAUGUUGGUCUUAAUGUUUUAGAUUUAAUUUCUACUCUCAUCAUAAUUGGCUUUACGAUUUACUAUAGAAGGUGGAUGAAUUUAACUGCAUAGGAAGUGGAUAACUCAGUUGUUACCAUCUCUGAUUUUUCUAUCUAAGUAAGCAAUUUGCCUUUAGACGCAACCGAAUAAGAAAUAAAGGAAUUUUUUAGUAAAAUUGAAAAGAAGGGAGCUGAAAAAUAAUUACAUAUUUAAAGUAUUUGUCUAGGAUGGAACAUUUAGUAGUACACUAAUACACUCAAUGAUAAGUUAGCCAAAGAAAUUUAGAUUAGUAAUUUGAUAGCAUUGUAUUUUUUUACUUCAUUUUCCAUAGAGAAUAAGCAGGAAAGUUGAAGAACAAAUAGCAAAAAGAAGUACUUGAACAAGAAAUAACUGCACUCAAUAAGGAUAUUAAAGAGUUUCUUGAGGCAUUUGAUUAAAAAUUCUUACUAAGUGGAGUUGCAUUUAUUACAUUUAACACUAGCGNCUAUCAUGAUAGUUAUCAAGAGAUUCGACAGCAUUUUUUAUUUAAGCUCUGGAAAAAACAUCAGAUAUUUGGUUAUAUGUAUUAGCUAAUUUUUUAUUCAUUAUAUUAUUGA